AGCUGAUGCUGAUGACUGGCUGUUUCCUGACAUUGGUUUGCAGUGGGAGGUACUAUGGCUGGUAAGGUGAAGUGGGUGACAGAUAUUGAGAAAUCGGUGCUCAUCAACAACUUUGAGAAGAGAGGAUGGAUUCAAGUCACAGACACAGAGGACUGGAAUUUCUACUGGAUGAGCAUCCAGACCAUCAGGAAUGUGUUCAGUGUGGACACCGGCUACCGCCUGUCAGAUGACCAGAUGGUUAACCACUUUCCCAACCACUAUGAGCUGACCAGGAAGGACCUGAUGAUCAAGAACAUCAAGCGCUACCGUAAAGAGCUGGAGAAGGAAGGCAGCCCGUUGGCAGAGAAGGAUGAGAACGGCAAAUACAUUUACCUAGAUUUUGUCCCCGUGACGUUCAUGCUGCCCGCGGAUUAUAAUCUGUUUGUGGAGGAGUUCAGGAAGAGUCCGUCCAGCACCUGGAUCAUGAAGCCCUGUGGCAAGGCGCAGGGCAAAGGCAUCUUCCUCAUCAACAAACUGUCCCAGAUCAAGAAGUGGUCCAGAGACAGCCGCACCUCCACGUUUGUUGCAGCCUCCAGUGGCAAGGAGGCGUACGUCAUCUCCCUGUACAUCGACAAUCCACUGCUGAUAGGAGGGAAGAAGUUUGACCUGCGUCUCUACGUUCUGGUCACCACCUACCGGCCUCUCAAAUGCUACAUGUACAAGCUGGGCUUCUGCAGGUUCUGCACAGUGAAGUACACGCCCAGCACCAGUGAGCUGGACAACAUGUUUGUGCACCUCACUAAUGUGGCCAUCCAAAAACAUGGGGAUGACUACAAUCAUGUCCAUGGAGGCAAGUGGACGGUCAGUAACCUGCGUUUGUACCUGGAGAGCACCAGGGGGAAGGAAGUCACCAGCCGCCUGUUCGACCAGAUCCACUGGAUCAUGGUGCAGUCGCUUAAGGCCGUGGCUCCUGUGAUGAACAACGACAAGCACUGUUUUGAGUGCUAUGGGUAUGACAUCAUUAUCGAUGACAAGCUCAAGCCAUGGCUCAUUGAGGUCAAUGCUUCUCCUUCACUGACCUCCAGCACAGCCAACGACCGCAUCCUGAAGUACAACCUCAUCAACGACACCCUCAACAUCGUCAUACCCAACGGGGACAUCCCAGACUGCCGCUGGAAUCGCAGCCCGCCCCGAGAGGCCCUGGGCAACUACCAAGUGCUGUACGACGAGGAGCAGGCGCUGAGCGAGAACGCAGAGCGAGACCUUCGGAGCCGCUCGGGUCAGUCCCUGGGGUCAAAGGGCACCAAGGGGGGUGCUGGCCCUCGCCCCACUGCCGCCACCUGGAAAUGAGGUGCUGCCGCUGACCCAUAAUGACUUCCUGUACAUUAUUACGGGGUCCACUGGAGCGCAGGGGAUAAAAAGGACCACCCAGAUGUUUUCUAACCCCACCUAUCCAACGGAGGACUGCACUCUUCUACAUUUCACUGACAAAUGCACAAGGGGCUGGAGCCCCAGAGAAUAUCAAACUGCAUGAUAUUAUGGACCAUCUUCUGUUGGAGGGGAGGAGGAAAAUUAAUGAAGUGGUGAUAUUUGGAGAGUUUAAGAGUUUCCGACCUGUUUGUAUGACAGGGUAACCAAAAUAGCAAAAGAAAAAAAAAAAAGAUACUGGUGGCUUUGAAGGGUAGCAAGAAGGAUUGUAACUAGUUGAGCUAUGCAUGAUUUGUGAGUACUGACACUUUACCUUGACAUAGCUGCUAAUAAGAAGAAGCUCUGUGAGAUAGGAAACCUGCAUCAGUGAAUAGCUGUGGACAGUUCAGUUGUAUGGAUUGAGAGAUACUGAGAGAGAAAAGCUGACAAACCCAAGGAUCCUGUAAGUGACAUAAAGAAUAUCCAUAAAGAACUUAUGGAUAAGCAGUUGAUCCAUGUAGAAUUACAGUACUAAAUGUAUAUAGACCACAUCAUAGAAUUUAAUAAUCUUUUAUACUUUAAUCAUUCAGUAUGUAUAUGCAGGGGUGUUUUCAUUAAGAUUGAUUGUAUUCCAUGCUAUUCCUAAUUGCACUUUGUUCCUUUGUUUUUGCUUAAAUACCGAAUAGAUAUCCCAUAUUGAAUUUUGGGUUGGACCACUUACAUUAUACCUG